AUGUUUGACCAGCAGGACGAAAUUCACGAUUGGUUACGUUGGGCUAUCGAUAAUGAUCAUGUUCAAGAUUUUAGUUUGCAGAAUUUCAAGAAUGGCCUAGAGGUUGUGCCUGCACGAUUACACUCGUGCAAAACACUAAAGAUUCUUGAAUUGCGUGGCCAAAUAAGGGUCAAUUGUCCUGAAGUUAUUUUUCUUCCAAGACUAAAAACUCUUAGUCUAAUUACUGUUCACUAUAAAAGCGGUGUGAUGUUCGGAAACACUAACUGGUGGCAACCUACUCAUGUGCCUGGAUGUGUAUAUUCAUGUCUCAAAGGCAUUUCAGUUGGCAGUUUUGAUGACGAUGAAAAUGAGUUUGCUAUGUUGAGCUAUAUUCUUGAGAAUGCCCGAGUUUUGCAGACAGUGAAAUUGCGUGCUUCUACUAGAAGCACUCAGGCAAAGAGUAAUAGAAGUCUUAUUUUCAGAGUUGUCUGUUGGAAUCAACACUUGGCAGUUUAG